CCGCCGGCCCCUUGCUUCCUUCGCUUGCUUGCUUGCUUGCUUCCCGGCCCGCGGGGCAGCAUGAACACCAUCAAGAACGUGCCUGCCCGGGUGCUGAGUCGCCGCGGCGGCCACAGCCUGGAGGCGGAGCGGGAGCACUUCGACAAGAUCCAGGCGAUGAGCAUCAGCAAAGCCAUCAACACGCUGGAAGCACCGGUGAAGGAGAAGCACGCGCGCCGGAUUAUUCUGGGGACGCACCACGAGAAAGGCGCCUUCACGUUCUGGUCGUACGCCAUCGGCCUCCCCCUGCCCAGCAGCGCCAUCCUCAGCUGGAAGUUCUGCCACGUGGUCCACAAGGUCCUCCGUGACGGGCACCCAAACGUCCUUCAAGAUUGCCAGCGAUACCGCAGUAACAUCCGAGAAACCGGAGACCUCUGGGGCCACCUGCACGAUCGUUAUGGCCAGCUGGUGAACAUUUACACCAAACUUUUGCUCACCAAAAUCUCCUUCCACCUAAAGCAUCCUGAAUUCCCCCCAGGCCUGGAGGUGACGGAUGAGGUGCUAGAGAAGGCUGCCGGCACAGACGUGAAUAACAUCUUUCAGCUCACCGUUGAGAUGUUUGACUACAUGGAUUGUGAACUCAAAUUGUCAGAAUCCGUUUUCCGGCAGCUCAACACCUCCAUGGCCGUCUCCCAGAUGUCCGCCGUCCAGUGCCGCCUGGCGCCCCUCAUCCAGGUCAUCCAAGACUGCAGCCACCUGUACCAUUACACCGUCAAGCUGAUGUUCAAGCUCCAUUCCUGUCUGCCGGCCGACACGCUGCAAGGACACCGGGACCGCUUCCACGAGCAGUUCCGCAGCCUGAAAAGCUUUUUCAAAAGAGCGUCGGACAUGCUGUACUUCAAGCGGCUCAUCCAGAUCCCGCGGCUGCCCGAGAGCCCCCCGAACUUCCUGCGGGCCUCGGCCCUGGCGGAGCACGUCAAGCCCGUGGUGGUGAUUCCCGAGGAAGCCCCCGAGGACGAGGAGCCGGAGAACCUGAUCGAGAUCAGCGCGGCCCCCGCCACGGAGCAGCCGAUUGUGUCUGAUAUCUUUGAGCAGACCUUCGGACCCCCCAACGGCCUCCGAGACGACAGGGAUCUCCAAAUCGAGAACCUGAAGAAAGAGGUCGACCUGCUGCGAGGGGAGCUGGAGAAGAUGAAGCUGGAGGCCCAGCGGUACGUCGCCCAGCUGAAGGCUCAGCUGAACGGCCUGGAGGCCGAGGGGGAGGAGCAGCGCAAGCAGAAGCAGAAGGCCCUGGUGGACAACGAGCAGCUGCGGGACGAGCUGGAGCGCCUGCAGCGGGCCAAGCAGGAGGGGGACCGGAGCCGGGGGCUCUACCUGGAGGCCGAGAAGAAGGCCAGCGCCACGGAGACCCGCUACACCAAGCUGAAGGAGAAGCACAACGACUUGAUCAACACCCAUGCGGAGCUCCUGAGGAAGAACGCCGACACAGCCAAGCAGCUGACGGUCACCCAGCAGAGCCAGGAGGAGGUGGCCCGGGUCAAGGAGCAGCUGGCCUUCCAGAUGGAGCAGGCAAAGCGCCAGGCGGAGAUGAAGUUGGAAGACCAGGCCUUGCAGGUGGAGCAGGUGAGGGGAGAGCUGCAGUCCACGAAGGAGGAGCUGGCCCAGCUCCAGCAGUCACUCAGCCGGUCCAAGCAGGCUGGCUCCGAGCUCAGCGGCCAGCUGGAAGCCCUCCAGGCCGAGAAGGAGACGCUGCGGAAGGCGGUGGGCGAGAAGGAGUGUGAGCUGGUCUCCGCCCAGGGCCUGAUCCAGGAGAAGGAGCUGCUGCUGAGCCAGGAGGCGGAGAAGAGGGCCAAGGAGGUCCAGGCGCUGCAGGGGAAACUCUCCGAAAAGAGCCUGCGGGAGCAGAGCCUGCAGCAGAAGCUGGGGGAGGAGCCCUUCCGGGUGCUGCAAGGGACGGUGCAGGAGGCCGAGCGCAUCAUCCGGGACGCCGUGGCCAAGCUGGACGACCCCGUGCACCUGCGCUGCACCAGCUCGCCAGAUUACCUCAUCAACCGGGCCCAGGCCGCCCUGGAGUCCCUCAGCGCCCUGGAGAGCGGGCACGGCGGCUACCUGGCCAACCUGGCAGACGCCUCCGGCUUGGUCAGUGCUUUGGCCCCGUUUGCUCAUUUGACUGCAGACGCCAUCGUGAACGGCGGCGCCACGUCCCACCUCGCCCCCACGGACCACGCCGACAAAUUGACCGAAACUUGUCGGGCCUGUGGGCAGCGGAGCCUGGAGUACCUGAACAAGCUGAAAGACAAACAGACCCUCCGGCAGGCGGAUCCGGCAGACGUGCGGAAGAUGCUGCAGGGCCUUCUUCAGCUGGGACAGGAAUUGAGGCCCCAAAGUUUAGACAUCCGGCAAGAGGAGCUGGGCGACAUGGUGGACAAGGAGAUGGCCUCCACCUCAGCAGCGAUCGAAGACGCUGUCAGGAGGAUAGAGGAAAUGAUGAAUCAGGCCAGAAUGGAGACCUCUGGCGUUAAACUAGAAGUCAACGAAAGGAUCUUGAACUCCUGCACAGACUUGAUGAAGGCAAUCAGGCUGCUGGUGAUGACGUCUACAAAUUUGCAGAAGGAGAUUGUAGAAAGUGGAAGGGGGGCAGCAACUCCGCAGGAAUUCUACGCCAAGAACUCGCGCUGGACGGAAGGGCUCAUCUCGGCUUCCAAGGCGGUGGGGUGGGGAGCCACCCAGCUCGUGGAGUCGGCAGACAAAGUGGUCCUACAUACAGGCAAAUACGAGGAGCUGAUUGUGUGUUCGCACGAGAUCGCAGCCAGCACAGCUCAGCUGGUAGCUGCCUCCAAGGUGAAAGCGGAGAAGAGCAGCAGGAACCUGAGCAGGCUCCAAGAAUGCUCCCGCACCGUCAACGAGAAGGCCGCCAACGUCGUGGCUUCCACAAAGUCCGGCCAAGAGCAAGUUGAAGAGAAAGAUACCAUGGACUUUUCUGGGAUGUCACUGAUCAAGCUCAAGAAGGAAGAAAUGGAGUCACAGGUGAAGGUGCUGGAGUUGGAGAAGACGCUGGAGAACGAGCGGCUCCGUCUCGGAGAGCUGAGGAGGCAGCACUACGGCUUGGCUGGCGUCUAUGACGAGAACCCCGACGGGGGGAAGCCUGGCGUCACGCGGAAGCCACCGGGCCUCGCGAAGAAGCCGCCGGUGGCUCAGAAGCCAGCCCACCCACCCAGGCUGGAGCAGGAGGCAGCGCAGGAGGACGGCCUUUACCAGGCCCAGGUUGUCAACUUCUGAGCUGCGGGCAGCGGCUGACUCCGCACCACCGGGAGAGGAGCAGCAGCAGCAGGCGCCGUGGGAUCCGUGCCCGACCUCCCUGUACAGCUCCUGCCACCCGGAGGGAUUCAGGCCUACGCCAGUUGUUUUUCUGCCGUUAUGGUACAACGAAGAUUUCUGGUGGAGGGCGAAGACGCUGUAAGGCAGCGUUUGCCUCUCCGAGGGAGGGGGGGGCGCUCAGGAAGCCCCCCAAAGUAUAUAGACAUUCCUCUUAAACAAUGUCUGUGUUUUAAACGGACACUGACUGGAUAAAUCCCAGGUUGCCUUGGAUCUGGCGUUGCCUUGAGGGUUCUCUUGCCCUGCCCCGGGAAGGCUUUGCCUCACCUCGAAUGCUGGAACGGAUGGGCUGCAGCGGCCCAAGGGGAGGCGGACGGGGCGGGGGCUGAGCGGUAGACCUCACCUUGCCGUCUUCAGUUAUUUCUAAGCAAUAGGAAUCUUUUUUUGGGGGGGGGGGUUGAGGGAAGUGGUGGUGUACCUAUUACUGUACUACAGAGAUCUUUUUAAAGAAAUGUGAAAUUAGUUGUUUUUUAAAGUCGGCUGCUUGGGUUCGCUUUGAGGUGUUUGUGUUGCAGGUGGAAAAGGGUAAAUCUCUCCUAGGAUGAAAACUCUCAGAGGAAAAGAUCUUUUAGACUGACAGUUUUAUAUAUGUAUUAAAAUGGAACAGGAUUUAUAUACACUGAAAAAAACUACACUGGUUUUAAAAAAGCCUACAAAUCUCAUUUUAGGAGUAAAAUGCAAAAGACAGCCAACCAACUCAUUUCGGGAUUACUGUUGAAAUAGCUAUAGUACCGUGCGUUUAAUUUUGGGAAUAUUAGCAAUUUAUAGGAAAGGGAAUAGGGAUGGGGACGCUUAAGAACCAAACCCUAUGAUUUAAGAGGACAAGUUAGCUCAUUAAAAUGAUUCUGAAACGUU